AUGACAAAGGAAUCAGUGUGCAAGGAGACAGCUGUUGCCAUCAGGGAUCCAAUGCACCUCUCAAAAUUCCACUGCAUGGGGGUGAAGACAACAACCUGGCAGAGCCAACGCAUCAGAGAGAUCCUCCUGCAGGUGCAGUCUACCAGAAGUAGAGGUGAUGACACAGCUCUGAAGAGCACCUGCUUUAUUAUACAGGUCCAGCCCUACCAGGGGUUUUGGCUGUUUGCAGACGACACGGCUCUAAAUGGCAUCCGCCUGCUCUGCACAGAUGGCACAGUCAUUGAGUCCUCCGUGGGAUGGUGGGGAAACUGGACUGAGGCCCAGCUCUGCUCCAGCAACAAGCUGGUUUCCUUCUCCCUGCGUGUGGAAAAGUGGCAGUUCUUUCGUGACAACACAGCAGUCAACAAUGUGAGGUUCGCCUGCUCAAACGGAACAAAGCUGGAGGGCUGGGGACUUUCAGGGGGUCACUUUGGCCCAUGGAGCAGCAACUGCACCUCUGGGGCUAUCUGUGGGCUCCAAACAAAGGUGGAGGGGCCCCAGGGAAAUAGGGAUGACACAGCUCUCAAUGACCUGAGAGUCUUCUGCUGUCAGUAA